AUGGGACCACAGCUCCCCCUACUGGUGGUGGCCCUGGCCGGUUGCCUGCUUCCUGUCCCUGGCUGUAUCAUCUGUGAACCCUCGAUAGCGGAGGGGCUGAAGAGUUUGGAGACAGAUUACCUGCCUGACCACCUACCACCCGAGGCUCACAAAAGCCUGAUGGAAAGGGUGAAGGACGCAGUGCGGGAUUUCAAGGAACUGCCGAAGGAUGACGAAACCUAUAUGGGGGCCGUUGAUGAGCCCACCCUGCAAAAGGCAUCUUGGAGUUUUCUGAUGGAUCUGAAACGCAUCACGGACACUGAAGUAAAAGGCGAACUCUUCGUGAAGGAGCUAUUUUGGAUGUUGCACCAGCAAAAGGAGAGCUUUGCCAACUACUCUGCUCAGUUCCUAAACGAAUUUUAUUGUCCCAAUAAAUGUGGUUUGAUGUUACAGACUCUGAUCUGGUGUAAUAACUGCGAGAAGGAGGUUCACGCUUGCCGGAAGUCCAAGGAUUGUGGGGAGCGCCAAGUCGAGGUCCAGCAAAUGCAAGACAUGAUCCUGGACUGUGAACUCAACUGGCAUCGCGCCUCUCAAGGCCUCACUGAUUACAGCUUUUACAGGGUUUGGGAGAACAAGACUGAGACCUUGGUGUCCAAGGGGAAAGAUCCCAUUCUGGCCAAGCCCAUGGUGGGUCCAGAAGAUGCAGGCACCUACCGCUGCGAGCUGGGCACUGUGAACAACAGCCCAGCCACAAUCAUCCAUUUUCACGUCAAAGUUUUGCCCAAAACAAUCCAGGAGGAAACAAUGCCACUGACCAUCACUGCUCCGGGUGUGAUAACCACAGUCCUGCAUCAGGCGCCGAAUACUGACAAGAUGCUGAAACGCCAUCUCAUAUGGCUGCUGAUCUCGGGCGUUGCCGUGGUGACAGCCGGCAUUGCGACCGUGAUAUUUUUCCUUCGACCUCGGAAGGAUCCGGAAUCCUAAAAGCCCUCCCCGUUCCGCUUUGGCAGGGGGGCUGCGCAGCACCCCCAGGUUCCAAAUCAAAAGUCCACAGUCUCAAAGAAACAAUAAAGAUUUAUUUUGUUGUCCAAGUGUCUGACUCACUCCUCCGGACUACUCCUAAGUUUUGGUUCCCAAAGACGAGAGGUCUGAGGAUGGUAUCCUGUCUGAGGGAGGAAGGGCUGGGGACCAGGACGCCUAGGUCCUAGAGGGGGGCAACU